AUGUCUGACCACGACGAGCACGCCGGGGACUCGGGCUAUUCCACCCCGGUUCCUGAGCUCGAUGACCACCGUCAUCAGACGGCCAGUGUCCAGCGCGCCGACCGCCCACGCCGCGGAACGUUCGAUUCCCUCUACGGAGGACGUCAACUGGAGGUAGAGAACAACCAGGGUGGUACAGCAUCCUCGGUUCGAGUUCGCGACUUCGAGGAGGCAAUUACAGACGAUGAGGCAGCCGACAUUUCCCCGACCCCCUUCCGCGUACGACGCCCGACUGUAGAAUCAGAGCGCUCGGUCUCACCACCGAACUCGGUGAAAGCCUUUGCUCAGGCACGUAAGCGUGAGCGUGGAAUGUCGAAUUCGGAACCCCGGCUUCGCAAUGACGAGCACGAACUUGUCCGGUCAACGUCGGUUGCCAGCCGACACACCUACCGCAGCCGUCAGCCUACCGUCAGGACCGCCCCUGGCGACGAUGCGUCCAGCUUGAGCACCAACAAGUCUGCGGAGGAGGACGUCUGCUUUCCAGUGCAAGAUGACCACAUGGGUGACCGCCUGCACAUCGACUUUGACUUUCUCGAGAGCUUCAUCCAAUCCGACUAUGAGCUGCAGCAAACCGAGAGGCUGGAGCGGCGCCCCACCCACAAAGUUUUUUCCGACAUGCGCCCAUCCACGGCUCCUCACUCCUCGCCUGUGGUGACUUCGGAUGGAGAUUUCUUGGACAUGCCUAUGGGCAAGACUUCAUCUUUGAAUGAGAAAGACGACGCCGGAUCUGCAACCGAAGCCACCAAGCCGACUGCUUUGCCUCGAGAAGUGAACCGAUUUAACUUUUUCUCCUCUGCAUGGGAAUCGACCAUACACGCUCAGUACUUUGGCGACCUGAUUCUUCCUGGUGAGGAUAUCCGUGGCCUGUUCUCAUUCCCCAGAGGCGAGACGGACGGAGUUUGGUGGCUCGAUGUCAGCAACCCCACGGCCGAGGAGGUGCGCGGAAUCUGCAAAGCCUUUGGUAUCCACCCUCUUACUAUUGAAGAUAUCACAACCCAGGAGACUCGCGAGAAGAUUGAAUUGUUCCCCUCGUACUACUUUGCUUGUUUCCGUACUUUCGAGAAGGUUCAGGAUGAGAACGGGGAUACCGAAUUUGAGCCUUUUUACGUCUAUGUGGUCGUCUUCCGCGAGGGGACACUCAGCUUCAGCUCCAAGUCGAACCUACACGCCAGCCACGUUGGCAAGAGAAUCGCUGCGUUGAAGGAUUACGUUGCUCUGAGCAGCGACUGGAUAUGCUAUGCUUUGAUCGAUGACAUUGUGGAUUCUUUCGGCCCUGUCAUCUCCAAGCUUGAGCUGGAGACUGAAGCAGUCGAAGACGAGGUAUUCAUUGCGCGCAGCGAUGAUAUGCAUACCUUUCUGCGCAAGAUCGGCGUGAUUCGCAAGAACGUCAUGGCUCUCAUGCGCCUUCUGGGCGGAAAGGCGGAUGUCUUGAAGGGUUUCACCAAGCGCUGCAACGAAAACUACAAGGUGACACCGCGGAUGGACAUCGGUCUCUAUCUUGGUGAUAUUCAGGAUCACGUGGUGACGAUGAUGACAAACCUGGGACACUUUGAGAAGAUGCUCUCUCGUUCUCAUGGCAACUAUUUGACACAACUUACCAUCGACAACAUCACGCAGGGCACCGACACCAACAGGAUGCUCACCAAGAUUACUUUCCUUGCGUCUAUCAUUGUGCCGCUGAACGUCGUCACUGGUCUGUUUGGCAUGAACGUUCACGUCCCUUACCAGGAAGUCGAUAGCCUGGAUGCUUUCUUCACGAUUCUCGGCUGUCUGGGUGCGUUUGUCGUUCUCUGCCUCUGCACUGCGAGGAAGCUCAAGUAUAUUUAG